GAUGGAGGCGGUGAGAGGGGACGCGGGAGCCGGCGAGGAGUAGCCCGCGGAAGCCCGGGCUCGCACCUGCCCUGGCGCCCUGGCGCUCCGCGGGCACCGGGGCGCGGCGGACGGGGCCCACGGGGCUGCCAUGGAGGUGCCGAACGUCAAGGACUUCCAGUGGAAGCGCCUGGCGCCACUGCCCAGCAGCCGGGUCUACUGCUCCCUGCUGGAGACCGGGGGACAGGUCUAUGCCAUCGGGGGAUGUGACGACAACGGUGUCCCCAUGGACUGCUUCGAGGUCUACUCCCCCGAGGCCGACCAGUGGACCGCUCUGCCCCCGCUGCCCACAGCCCGGGCCGGGGUGGCUGUCACCGCCCUGGGGAAGCGGAUCAUGGUGAUCGGGGGUGUGGGCACCAAUCAGCUGCCCCUGAAGGUCGUGGAGAUGUACAACAUCGAUGAGGGCAAGUGGAAGAAGAGGAGCGUGCUGCGUGAGGCCGCCAUGGGCAUUUCUGUCACGGCCAAAGAUUACCGAGUAUACGCAGCAGGUGGGAUGGGCCUGGACCUCCGUCCACACAACCACCUCCAACACUAUGACAUGCUCAAGGACAUGUGGGUGUCGCUAGCACCCAUGCCCACCCCAAGAUAUGCUGCCACCUCCUUCCUCCGAGGCUCCAAGAUCUAUGUGCUGGGGGGACGACAGUCCAAGUAUGCGGUCAACGCCUUCGAGGUCUUUGACAUUGAGACUCGCUCCUGGACCAAGUUCCCCAACAUUCCCUGUAAGCGGGCCUUCUCCAGCUUUGUGACCCUGGACAACUGCUUGUACAGCCUGGGAGGCCUGCGGCAGGGUCGGCUCUACCGGCAGCCCAAGUUCCUGCGGACGAUGGACGUGUUUGACAUGGAGCAGGGGGGAUGGCUGAAGAUGGAACGCUCGUUCUUCCUCAAGAAGCGGCGGGCAGACUUUGUGGCAGGCUCUCUGAGUGGACGGGUCAUAGUAGCCGGGGGACUGGGGAACCAACCCACUGUCCUGGAGACAGCAGAAGCAUUCCACCCAGCAAAGAACAAAUGGGAGGUUCUCCCUGCCAUGCCCACGCCCCGCUGUGCCUGCUCCAGCAUUGUCGUCAAGAACUGUCUCCUGGCCGUGGGGGGCGUCAACCAGGGUCUGAGUGAUGCGGUGGAAGCCCUGUGUGUCUCUGACUCCUAGCUGUCCCUGGGCCCAGCACCUUUGCCCUGGACUAUAUCACUCCACCCUUGACAUGAGGAACAGUCUUGUCAAAGCGAUUUGGGCUACUUCCUAGGAUGCCAGUUCCUGUUAGCAUCCAGGGGGGCCAGGCCCUGAGGCUCGAAGUGACCUCCCUUCACCUCCAAGCCCUACCAAUCCCGGAAAACUGUAAGAAGUGCAGACGAUUCCAUCAGCCCCAGGUUGGAGCUCAGCUGUCCUCUGGGGAGAGUCUCCAUUUACUGCCCAGGCACCAAAAGGCACAGGAAUAUCUGCUACCUCUCCCCGCUGUAAGUCCCACCUCCCCCUAU